AUGGCCGAGCUGCUGUUCGCCCCCGCCGUGGCCGGCCUCGUCCACCUGCCGGAGGUGCUCGAGCGCCUCGCCGCCGCGGACGCCGACCACCGCGACCACGCCCACCACCACACCGCCCACGGGCACGGGCACGGCCACCCCCGCGCGCAGAUCGGGGGCGUGGGCGGCGGCGCGCCCGUGGACAUCGUGGAGACCCCCGCCGAGUACGCCUUCCUGCUCGACGUCCCCGGCCUCUCCAAGUCCGACAUCCAGGUGACUCUGGAGGAGGACAACGUGCUGGUGAUGAAGAGCGCCAGCAACGGCGGCGGCGGCGCCAACGGGAAACGGAAGCGGGAGGAGGAGGAGGCGGACUGCCGCUACAUCCGGCUGGAGCGCCGCGCGUCGCCGCGGUCGUUCGUGCGCAAGUUCCGGCUGCCGGAGGACGCGGAUGCGGGCGCCGUGGUCGCGCGCUGCGAGAACGGCGUGCUCACCGUCACCGUCAAGAAGCAGCCGCCGCCGGAGAAGAAGACCAAGUCCGUCCAGGUCGCCAUCGCCUGA